UGUGAUAAUUUGUUUACCUGUAUUUUUAUUGGUACAUUUAACUGAUUGCUAGAAAUUCCUACCGAUUGUAUUUCAAGUUUUUUUUUUUACUGAUAAUUUUACCAUUAAUGUUACUCGAGGCACCAUGUCGAAGACAAUCAAAGCAAUUGACAGAGAAGCUGUGCACCGCAUUUGCUCAGGGCAGGUUGUUUUGAAUCUGGCAACUGCUGUCAAAGAACUCGUAGAGAACAGUUUAGAUGCAGGGGCAACAACUGUAGAGGUCCGACUCAGGGAGUAUGGCAGUGAUCUCAUUGAGGUAUCUGACAAUGGAAGUGGAGUGCUCUCUGAUAACUUCCAAGGAUUAACUGCAAAACAUCAUACCUCAAAACUUCUGGACUUCUCUGACUUAGUGAAUGUUGAAACUUUUGGCUUCCGUGGUGAAGCCCUGAGCUCUUUAUGUGCGUUGAGUAAUGUCACAAUCAUAACCAGACAUGAAUCUUCAGAGACUGGGAGUAAAUUAGUAUUUGACCAACAUGGAAAUAUUACAAGGACCUCUCCAACUUCUCGACAGGUUGGAACAACAGUAAUUGUGGAAAAAUUAUUCAAAGCACUUCCGGUCAGGCAAAAAGAGUUUCAUCGUAAUUUGAAAAGAGAAUAUUGCAAGAUGAUUCAACUUUUAAAUGCGUAUGGAUUAAUCUCAACAAACGUAAGACUGAGCUGCACCAAUCAGACCAAAAAAGGAAGCAGAUCUGUGGUAUUGUCGACACAUGGCUGUAAAACUGUCAAAGAAAAUAUUGCAUGUAUUUUUGGGUCCAAACAGUUGAACAGCCUUCUAGAUUUAAAAAAGGUUUUGCCAGGUAACGAAACGUUAGCAGAACUGAAAGUGAAGGAAGAGGAGGCUGAUAAAUUCAACUUUGAAGGCAUCAUAUCUAGUUGUGCUCAUGGCCAAGGAAGAAGCUCUGGUGAUCGUCAAUUUUUUUACAUCAACAAUCGACCGUGCGAGCCCUCCAAAAUCGUCAAAUGUGUGAAUGAAGUUUAUCAUUCUUUCAAUUUGCAUCAAACACCAUUUGUGUUUUUAAACAUCACUGCAGCAAGACAUUCGGUUGAUGUGAAUGUAACCCCGGAUAAAAGACAAAUUUUCUUGGAUCAUGAGAAACUACUUCUUGCAACAAUCAAGGCAUCUUUAAUGAGUUUGUAUGAAAAAAUACCCUCCACAUUCCAAGUCAACAAUAGUUUUAAAUUUGCACCAUCAGAAUCCACACUUAAUCUGUCAUCAGAGAGUCCAACAACUAAUGUAAGAUCCCCCUCGAAAACUUCAUCCUUGGAGAAAUGGAGACAUUCAAGUCAUAUGGGGGUUUCAGAACUCCCUACCAACAAAUGUAAACCUGAGAAUAAGUUUAGUCAGCCUUCAAAACGGAUGAAAUUUGAUGAAGAAUUUGUCUCAGCAGAGUUAACUAACACUAGCCUCGAAAAACAUGAAAAUGGAGAACAAACGAAAGGAGCCUCUCACAAUCUUGGGCUGGAGAGUCAAGACUCAGCUUGUAGCAGCCAAUCUUCUUUUAGUGUAAUUAAAACCGAAAAUAUAGAAGAAUCACAGGAAACCCUCGGAAAUUGCAGACUGUUUAAUCAAGGAUCAGCCUGUAACAGUUGUGAUGUUUCCACUCCCACCGAGACAUCUAUAAAAAAAGUGCCUGAAAUGUCUGUAGAAAUUAUCGAUAGAAGUACAUCUCUAAGUAAGACUGAAAGUUCAUGCAUCUCUAGCAAUCAACCUGCAAGUGAGGAUGAUUUUGAGUCAUUUACUUUGAUUUCUCAAGAAAGUUCUCUAUCAGUUAAAAUAUUAGAUCCCAGCUCUCCAAGGUCGAGACAAUCAAAAUCUGAAGUUUCACUUGCUUACCAUGAAGGAAUAUCCGCAAGGAUCUCAGGGCAUGAAAACAGAUCUGAACCAACUGAAUCAUCGGGAACCAUUACAGAGUCUACAGAAAUUGAAGAGACCUGCUCUGAAUCCGAGGGAGAAAAAGUUGAAAUUUAUGAGGAAGAUAGAGGAAGAAUUCGUCAGCAGCAAAUAGUCGUUUCUGCGGCAAUACGGAACAGUGCCGACUCCAGGACCACUGUGAUGAUCAAUAAUGUUAGUGUUAAAAGCAUUAAAGAAACCAUAGAGCAAUUUAAGCUUGAAGAAAGUAAUCAGGGCAAGAAUUCUGUCACAAACAAAUUCCAUGCCACGAUUGAUCCCUCUAAAAAUGACCAAGCCGAAAACGAAUUGAGGCGGGAGAUAUCCAAAGACUCCUUUUCAAAAAUGGAAAUUAUUGGGCAGUUUAAUCUUGGCUUUAUCAUCGUUCAACUCGGAACUGAUUUGUUUAUAAUUGAUCAACAUGCUACAGAUGAAAAAUACAAUUUUGAGACGCUGCAAUUGAACACAACUAUAUCCAAUCAGAUACUAGUCUCUCCACUGACAUUAGAACUUACAGCUGCCAAUGAAUCCUUGCUGUUGGAUAACAUGGAGAUAUUUAAAAAAAAUGGAUUCGAAUUCAUUGUAGAUGAGAAAGCUGACCCAAUGAAGAAAGUGAAGCUCACAGCCAUUCCAAUAAGCCAAAACUGGCAUUUUGGUAAAGAUGAUAUAGAUGAAUUGCUUUUUAUGCUACAGGAUUCUCCAGGUGCACUGUGCCGGCCAUCCAGGGUGCGAGCGAUGUUUGCAUCCCGUGCAUGCAGAAUGUCUGUAAUGAUUGGAACAGCUCUAAGUUUUUCAGAAAUGAAAAGACUUGUCACUCACAUGGGUGAAAUUGAACAACCCUGGAACUGCCCUCACGGACGACCCACUAUGAGGCACUUGGUCAAUCUUGCUCUCCUGUGCUAAAGGAUCACUGAUCAUCUCACCCAUGUUCCUUUGAAUAGGUGUUUUUCGCUGAUUAAUUCUCCUUCUUCUUCUCUUGCUCCACAGCCCAAUGUGGGCUUUGGCCUCUAUAACAAUGCCUCGCCACCGCACCUUAUCCUUUAUCUUGGUCCUCCAUCCUCCGACUCUCAUUACUCUUACCUCCUCCUCAACAUUCUCUAUCCAUCUGAGUUAAGGCCUUCCAAGUCUUUUCUUGCUUGGCGGUAGUUUUACGUUGGCUUUAUUUUACUUAACUUAGAUCAGCUAAAAUUAAUGAGAUCGGUCCAAACAGCAACUCUCUAGGGCCUCGUUUCUACGAGCCACUCCACAGGAUUGUCCCAUGGAAAAACUCCACUUGUGUAGUCGGGAAAAACAUUGAAUUAAUCAAUAUUUUUCCCAGUACCAAGUAUGGUCCUUGCAUUCCUACAACCAACUGAGAGAGGAAGAAGAAGUGAAAAUAAAUUGAGCGGUAUUCUGUCGUUUACUUCACCGUUCGUGUUUGUCUAGUGAAAAUAAUGUGUCUAAUUGUCAAUCUUGUUCAAUUUUAUUUAAAUCCCAAUUAAAUACUUGAUUUUUACUAACCUAUCUUCCUGCGUCAAUUUGUGGCAGGAUCAUAAGAGUCCCAUCCUGCGGAGAUGGCACCUGGGAAAAAUCCCAGAAGCCCCAUUCCUGCGAUUUGAACUUGAAGCCAAUCCCAUAAAAAUGUCUCGUUAAGACAAGGCCUGCCUAUUUUCAAUAUUAAUCGAGAUAUCGUGCUUUGUAAAAAUCGGUUUAGGACAUCAUCCACUGCGGUUGUGAUACCCUUGGUUUCUCCCACUUUGCUUUCAUCAGAGCAACACAUUGAGUAACUAGGGCAAAUAAUUGUGUUCCUGACUGAUGAAAGGAAGGUUGAAGAAACCAAGGGUGUCACUAUCACGGUGGAUGACGUUAUAAACUGAAUUUUUCAAAGUGUGAUAUCUCGAUUAAUAUUGAAUGUAGAAAGUUGCUGUUACUGGACAGAGCCUCAAAACACAAUUCUGUAACCAGUACAACUGACCCAUUGCAUGUCCUGUUUGUGCAUGCAUCUAUGUUUGUAUCUAUUCAUCUAUUUUUUCAUUGUUAUUUUUUUAAUAAAACAUGAAGUAUAAUUGAAAA